CGUUCUCCUCCAGUUGCACAUCAUCCUCAUAGAUCAGCGCAUAGCAGCGGUUACCUGGUGCUGCAGUCAGUCAGGGGCUAAGCUUAACGUUCCUCUCUCACGGGACUGAAAAAGUAAAGCUGAAGAGUUUUAGCAGCUUUCUUUCUUGGACUGCAGCUUUUUUAGACUUUCCGCUAAAGCGUCAGGUGCUUUGAUUUGGACUCGGACAUGGCUAGCUCCGGAGUCCAGCUGCUGGGCUUCUCUCUCUCUCUUGUUGGCAUCUUGGGGCUUAUCGUGGGCACCGUACUGCCCCAGUGGAAGAUGUCCGCCUAUGUGGGGGACAGCAUCAUCACCGCUGUGGCCACGUACCAGGGGCUCUGGAUGUCCUGCGCAUUUCAGAGCACCGGCCAGCUCCAGUGUAAAAUCUACGACUCCAUUCUGCAGCUGGACAGUGCCCUCCAGGCGACCCGCGCUCUAAUGAUAGUGGGCAUCAUUGUGUCCAUCGCUGGGCUGGGUGUGGCUUGUAUGGGUAUGAAGUGUACCACCUGCGGAGCCGACGAUAAAGUGCGGAAGGCCCGCACUGCCAUGACGGGAGGCAUCAUACUGUUGGUGGGAGCCCUCAGUGCGAUUGUUGCAUGCUCUUGGUUCGCCCACAAUGUGAUCCGUGCUUUCUACAACCCCUUCACUCCAGUCAACACCAAGUUUGAGUUUGGCGCAGCCAUUUUCAUUGCAUGGGGCGGAUCUUUUCUGGAUGUUCUUGGUGGAGCAAUGUUGGCUGCCUCCUGCCCUCGGAGCAAGCAGGUGUCCAAGUACCCCAAAAAUUCCGCUCGAGCUCCCAGCAGCACCAAGGAGUAUGUGUGACUGCCCUCAGCUGGACAGACAUAGGAACUGCGUGUGGUGAAGGAUCCCCUGUAAAGGAAAACUGGAUUGGGCCUGAUGGAUUGAAUUGAAGUAGUUUGAUGGACAACAUGUUUAAUCCAUAGAGAGGGAACUGUGGAAAGUGUUUGAUGUCAGAAGUUUUAUGAUUAUACAGUUUACAUUUUGUAAUGGCCCAAGAUAAAGUAUUAUUAGAUGUUUGAGUGUUAUUGGGAACAGAAAAAAAGCUCCCUUUCACAGAGAGCUGCUGUACCCUACUAGCUACCAUUUGAGCAAGUCAGACUUGAGUUGAAAGAUUAGUGAGGGCUGUAUAGGCAUAGAUGAUGUGAUGAAUUACUGUCAACUCCACUAGAGGGCAUUAUAGGCACUGGAGUUACCUAAAAGGGAAGGUUUCAGAAAAAACAGCAUUGUGCAGUAUGAUAAACAGCCUAAAAGAAGUAGCCACAUGUGUGAAGCUCUCCAUUUCUAUUUUUUCAAAUAAACUUUGAUGCAUGUUCAGCCAAAACCCUAGACUGUCCAACAGAUGAAGAAACAGGGAACAUACCUACUGGGCAGUCAUGACUUGCUUAACAGUAGUGUGGAAUUUCCUCUCAGCUCUGCUCCACUCACAAAUACAUAAACAGCCUUAACAUCACGCAUAUGGUAAGACUAAUAUAAUUACCAGGUGUAAUUAUAUUCACUGAGGCUGGUUAUUUUGGUAACAUCCCACCGACUUGCAGGCUUUUACAUUAGAUAUAAUUACAUGUGGAUAUAUAUAAUCAAGUGUUGUCCUGUUUAUCCUAUUUAGUAAAAGCCCUGUUUUUUUAGUGAAGCAUACACAAUGGAUGGUUAUAUUGCUCCAUGUUGUUUUUUUUAAAUAUUUUUUUCUGUUUGUUUAUUCACUGCUACAUGCGUACCAUAUCAUAAAAUGUCCCAGUGCACAAUAAAAAUCCUUAUUUCUUCAUAAAAAUGUUGUCUCUGUCUAAAAAUUCAUUUAUAUCUGUAUUAUGUCUGUCUUUUGCAUGUUUUAGUCAUGUUCAAGCAGUCCAUUUUAGAGCAUUUACAUUUUACUUCUAUUUUAACCCAAAAACUGACCGUCAAGACAGCUUCCACUAACUCCUACAUCACUGUCUGAACACAACCACAUCUCCAAAGUAGCAACCUUACAGAAGGAAAAACCAUUAACUUUAAUGAAAGUUCAUGUAAAAAGAUCUUAUUCCAAGUCAUUUUUGACCAUUUGUAUUGGUCCAUUCAUUGUGAAAUUUUCACAGAAUGUAAAGGACAGCUGGUGUUUUCAGGUUAGCUCAAAAAAUAAAAAAGACAAAAAUGGAGACAUUAGGUUUUGUUCUGACAGUGACAUUUGACUGCUCAUCAGUGUCAGUGUAUUUUGGAAAUCAUUAACGUUCAUCUGUCCCAUUUGCUUCCACUAUGUUUACUUUAAGGCUUAAAUAUUAUCACAGACUUUAGUGCCAUUACGGCUGUUAGGGAAGGUGCAUUUUCAGUUAGCGCUGGUUGAAAGUAUGAAAUCUUCUUUAAUGUAUGAAUCUGACAGCAAACUCAGAGUAAAGGUUUUGUAAUAAGCAAAAGUAAUCUCACAAAUAAUGUCACCUUCAAAAAGGAAUGCUUUCUCACCAGUUGUUCACACUGGGAAAAUACCAGAAGUUGCAAUCUUGGUUGAUGUUUAAUGACUAAGAGUACUAAAACAUCACAUGGCAAGAAAAGUAUGCCACUGUUUCCUAAUCAUGGAGUAAGUAUGACGGUGCUUUGCAGUUGAAGCAUAGUAAAAGGAAGAUUCUGCACUUAUAAUACUUCACUGGACCAAUUCAUAUGAUGACAGUCAUGCAUACUUUAUUUUCAAAAAUGCAUUUUACAAAUACAAAACAAAAAUCCCAUAGCAAUUUCCAUGCAAGUCGAUUACAACUCUGCACUGAAUGUUGAGAGCAGUGCAGACAAAUUACUCCGAUUAAAUACUAACCAUUUUAGAUAAUAUUCAGGUUGCGAGGAAGUACUAAUUUCAUUUGGAUCAAAGAUGAAGAAUCCCUAUAAAUGA